AUGAUUUCUACAUCACUUGAUCCAAAAAGCUCCAAAAAGCGCCCCCGUUCCAUAUCUCUGAGAAGCAAUAAUGGCUGUAGCACCAAAGGACGACUCGCAGACAAUCCAACGCAGCAACGUAAUCGGCAACGGAAGAAUCAGACCAAGCCGACGGCAUGGGUCGACCACUGGGAACUGAACGCUGUGGGUAAAUCACUGUGUGCAGCAUCGGAGCUUUUCGUCGAGAAUGCUGAUAAUUUGCUCACUACGAAGCAAGGGCACGAAUUGGGUCAAGCCGAAUCAAUGGCGUUGUCAGAAGCCAUUGAGCGUGUCGCGGUAUGGAGAACGCGACAGACACAACUGCCACACAUUGUCGAAUCAUCGGCGGCCCUGGCUGAAAUACUGUUGCGCGAGGCCACGACAGCAACUGGUUGUAGCGCCAUGGAACUACGACACGCCUACGCAUGUGCCGUGAUCAGAUCGAUCAACGGUCUGGCGGACCCACUGCAACAACAACGAUCGGUAGCCACCAGCAUUGCUUUACUCUGUCGCCAAUUGGGUCUUCCAUCCUGGCUAGUAGAUGUUCGUCACGAGGCAACCCACAAUCAAAUGCCGACCUUGGCUGUACUCCGCAUGGCGGCCAAAACGUUGCUGCAGUACUUUCAAGCUGUCUACUGGAAACCAAUCGCAAAUAUUCCCGUGAACUACAAUGAGGAAGCAUACACCUUGCUGGAAGAAUAUGCAAGAAGAACGCUGCCGCGGCAAGCAGAAUUCAUUUCCGAAGAAGACAAUGCUACUUCACAGCAAGACUCUGAUAAGUCGGUAGACGAUAAUGGCAGUCGCGAGGAAGAAGAAGCUAUGGUGGGCGGUCGAAGGCUCGGAACAACGACAAAUAGCUUUGCCCUACUUAUGGAACCGAAAAAGAUCAAACCCGUUAAGCUCGAAAAAAAGGAAAAAAUAAAAAAGAAGAAAAGAAAGAAUGUUUCUGUCGACGCCCUGACGAAGUCAGCUUUGGCAUUUGUUCAAGCUAAAAUCCCAGUGUCGGAGGCUUUUCGGUCAUUGCUUUCCUUUCUCGUAUGGGGAUUCGGCGGAACUUCAGGAGUCCUAGUUCCGCAGGCUUCCGGCGUCUUUUCGGUGAAUAGCUUUGGAGUACAGCAAAUACGAAAACAUUAUAUUCCCCUGAUUUCGGCGGCUGUCAAGGAAUGGCCUGGAUUUCAUCGAGCACUUUUUAUCCAUUUGUUUGAGUUUCUCUUUGUAUCUGAGCAACGGGUUGUUAUUCGACCGGUAGAACCAUCAUUGGCACGCUCAUUUUUCUUUGCUAAGUCGUGGAUUCAGCAUUUGUUGACUCGCCAAUUCUUUGACUUUGUCGAUCCCGAACUCGUUCGUACAGACACCGCAUUCGAAGAGACUGACUUGAUGCCGCUUUCUAUCCUUGAAGAUGUUGGCUAUCCGCUAAAUUCUUUGUGCGAUCGGCUCGAAAUAGCUAAACUAAAAGGAUUCGCUCAUUUCGAUUGCAUUGCCUCGGUCGUUGAAACGUUCCGGCACAUUCUCGGAGAUACGCGAGUCGCUCGCCACGGCUAUCCAGAGAGUCAGGCUUUUACCCUACCUGAAAAAGAGUUUACUGCAAUUGACCCCUUACAGCUUCUAGAAACUGAGACACUGGAAAACAAUGCGUCACUGGAUGAGAUCGAAGCGAUGUUGGCUGGGCAAGUAUCGACGACAUGCGAAGACGAUGACAUGAGAAACAAGGCAAUCAAAUGCAACCCGCCGCUUACAAAGGAAGGAGGAGCUGAUUGUAACAUUGCACACGGUGCUGUUGUGAAUGAAAAACAAAUGAACUGCGAAUUGGUGGACAAUAAUUUUUUCUGCGGUCAAUCCGACCCACAACCACACCGUAAUCGUGAAGAAACAACUGAUUUGAGAGGGACGGCUGUUACAUCGGAAUUAAGUCAGCUACCCGAGGAAGUUUCAUCUCUUGACAUCAAGUGUGCCAACGAAAGCACAACAUUACAGACAGGCUAUUCGUUCGGCAAUCCGAAUAGUGGGCGAAAAACGCGCCCGGUAUGGAAAUAUUGCAAGUCAUGGGAUGAAUGUUCCGUCGGUGCCCUACCGGGACGUCCCUCAUAA